AUGUAUCAUUGUUAUAGUAGUAAACGUAUUAUUUUUACUAUUAUCAUUUUAUGCAAUUUAUUUAGUCAUAUCUCAUUAACAACCACAAAUGGCAAACCUAAACAAUCCGAUGAUAAUGAUAAUAUAGAACCCAUAUCAGCAGAAUCUGUUGCACCUGAAGCACAAAUUCAUUUACAUGCUGAUGAUAUUCCAGUUUCAAAUGAACAUAAUAAUAAAGAAACAAUUGAAGAUAAACCUCCUGAAAUAAAACCCAACAAAGAUACAGAUGAUGAUAAUGAUGAAUUAAAUAAAUCUUUACAAGAUUUAAUUAUUGAAUAUCGUCUUCAAGAGCAACAAAAAAAUACUGAAGUUAAUCAAGGAAAUGAAGAAGGUGAAGUUAAUAGUGGUGAUGAUAAUGAAGAUGUAGAUGAUGAUGUUAAUCUACAACGUAUAUUAAAACAAAUAGGUGUUAGUUUACAUGAUAAAUAUCAACAAAAACAUAAUCAUGAACAACCAUCACCAAAAUUAACUAAUAUGAUACAACAAUUAUAUCAAACAUUAAAAAAAACGCAACCACAAUUAUUUAGUAAAUCAUCAUCUGGAACAGAUAAAACUUUUCUCGAUACACAAUCGAUAGUAGAUAGUAAUUCUAAUGAAAAUAUUGAACAGACAGAGAAUGAACAAGAACAAGAAGUAGAAGAAGAAGAGGAAGUGGAAGAAAUUAUUCCAUUAACACCUGAAAUGGAACAAGCUAAUACAAUUUAUAAUCAAGCUAUGAAAUUAAUUAAUGGUACAAAUAAUCGACAAUAUGACACUGCUUAUAAACUAUUUAAACAAGCAGCUGAUUUAGGUCAUAUUGGAGCUAAAGAAGAAUUAGCUUUUGCACAUAUGAUUGGUUUACAUUUACCAAUGAAUUUUAAUCAAGCAAAAAAAUAUUAUGAAGAAGGUGUUCAAACAGGUUCAGCACAAUCACAUUUUGGACUUUAUUUUUUGAAUAGUGCUGGUCUUAUUCCCGAUGCAAGCAUUCCAAAAGCUUUAGUUCAUUUAACGUUCGCUGCUAUUGAUGGCUACUAUCCAGCUCAAAUGGCACUUGGUUAUCGAUAUUGGCGUACAAUUUCUAUUGCUCAUAGUUGUGAAUCAGCUUUGAUGUUUUAUAAGCAAGUUGCUACACAUGUCUCAUCGAAAAUAACUUCAACAAGUGGUCAAUUAAUUCAACGUAUUCGGUUACAUGAUGAAGAAGAACAUCCAACACAAAAUAAUAUAAUGAUCGAUGAAGAUCUUGUACAAUAUUAUCAAUUAUUAGCUGAUCGAGGUGAUGCACAAGCUCAAUACGGUCUUGGUCAAUUAUAUUAUUUACGUGAUACAGCAUUUGAUAAAGCACUGUAUUAUUUCCGUUUAGCUGCUGAUAAUGGUAAUUCAAAUGCUAUGGCAUAUUUAGGAAAACUCUAUUCAGAAAAAAAUGAUUAUAUUAAACAAAAUAAUUUAACUGCCUUACAAUUCUUUCAACGUUCAGCUGAAAAAGGUAAUCCAAUGGGACAAGCUGGUAUUGGUUCAGCUUUUUAUCAUGGUGCUGGUAUUGAGCAAAACUAUGAAAAAGCAUUUAAAUAUUUUCAAUUAUCAGCUGAUCAAGGUUAUGUUGAAGGACAAUUAAUGCUUGGCAUUAUGUAUUACAAUGGAGAAGGUGUUAAACGUGAUUAUAAAAUGGCUGUUAAAUGGUUUCAAGCAGCAUCACAAUCAGGUCAUGCACUUGGCUAUUUUAAUCUUGGACAAAUGCAUGCAACAGGCACAGGUGUCUUACGAUCAUGUACAACAGCAACAGAACUUUUUAAAAAUGUUGCUGAACGUGGAAAAUGGUCGAGCAUGUUUAUUGAAGCCUAUAAUCUUUAUAGACAAGGACAUAUUGAACAAGCGUUUAUGAAAUAUUUAUAUUUAGCUGAACUUGGUUAUGAAAUUGCCCAGUCGAAUGUCGCUUAUUUACUUGAUCAAAUGCCUGCUGAAUUAUUAAAUAUUUAUCAUACGAGUGGAGAACGAUAUAAAAAAGCUUUAACUUAUUGGAAUCGAGCAGCAAAUCAAGGUUUUCAUACAGCACGUGUUAAAUUAGGAGAUUAUUUUUAUUAUGGUUUUGGUACUGAACAAAAUUAUGAAACAGCAGCAACUCAUUAUAAAUAUGCAAGUGAUCAAAGUCAAAAUCCACAAGCAAUGUUUAAUUUAGCAUAUAUGCAUGAAAAAGGAUUAGGAUUAAAAAAGGAUAUACAUUUAGCAAAACGUUUCUAUGAUAUGGCUGCAGAAACAAGUGCUGAUGCUCAUUUACCUGUCAGUAUUGUAUUGUUGAAACUUCAUUUCGAAUUAUUCUGGGAGAAAUUAUAUUCGACAUUUUUUUCAUCAUCGUCAACUGAAUCAACAACGACGACAACACCAUCGCCAUCGACAACAACAAAUACUCAUGGUACUACAAAAGCAAGAACGGCUACUUUUACUAAUGAAGAUCAUUUAGCAACAGAUGACAAUGAUUCAUUAUGGGAUUUAUAUUUAAUGGCAGCCUUACUUGGUCUUAUCGGUGCUUUAUAUACAAUGCGUCGACAGCGAGCCGCUUUAAUAAUACGACAACAGCAGCAGCAACAACAACAACAGCCAGUUCAAGCUCCGCUGCCAUUGACAAAUUAUACAUGGUUUGAAGAUAAUAGCCAUUGUUAUAAAAAUGAGAUAUGUGCUAUUUUUGCUAAGCUACGUCCAUUGACCGAUCCAUUUGACAAUUGUACAUAUUUUCUUAAUUUAUUAAAAUGUUAUACACAUUACCCAUUACUAGAUGAAUUUUAUCACCCUAAAUAUUUAAAUGUAUGUCCAUCCUAUUGUGAUAAAAUGUAUAAUGCAUUCACGAAAGAUAUAUCUAUUAGUGAUGCUUAUUUAACAAAACAAAUUAAUGAUCAAAAUCUUGAUUCAAUAAAUCUCGAGCAACCGAAUUUUAUUAAAUUAUUUAUUAUUCUGUGCUUAGCAGGAAUGCUUAGUUUUAUUUUAUGUUAA